AUGAAAACUUUCCAGUCGAUCCAGCAGUCGACCCAACAGUCGACCCAACAGUCAACACCAACAGUCGACUCAACAGUAGACCCAACAGUCGACCCAACAGUCGACCCAACAGUCGACCCAACAGUCGACCCAACAGUCGACCCAACUAUCGACCCAACAGUCGACCCAACAAUCGACCCAAAAGUCAACCCAACAGUCGACUCAACAGUGAACCCAACAAUCAACCCAACAAUCGACCCAAACUUCGACCCAAUAGUCGACCUAACAAUCCACCCAACAAUCGACCCAACAAUCGACCAAACAAUCGACCCAAUAGUCGACCUAACAAUCCACCCAACAAUCGACCCAACAAUCAACCAAACAAUCGACCCAGCAAUCGACCCAACAGUCGACCCAAUAGUAGACCCAACAGUCGACCCAACAGUCGAUCGAACAGUCGACCCAACAGUCGACCCAACAGUCGACCCAACAGUCGACCCAACAAUCGACCCAACAAUCGACCAAACAGUCGACCCAGCAGUCGACCCAACAGUCGACCCAACAGUCGACCCAACAGUCGACCCAACAGUCGACCCAACAGUCGACCCAACAGUCGACCCAACAGUCGACCCAACAGUCGACCCAACUGUCGAACCAACAGUCGACCCAACAGUCCACCCAACAGUCGACUCAGCAGUCGACCCAACGAUUGACCCAACAGUCGAUCCACCAGUCGACCCAACAGUCGACCCAACAGUCGACCCAACAGUCGACCCAACAGACGACCCAACAGUCGACCCAACAGUCAACCUAACAUUCGACCCCAGUCGACCCAACAGUCGACCCAUAGUCGACCCAAUGAGUAAAAAAAAUAUCUGUGAUAAUGAGAUGCAUGCUCUUUCAGAGACAAAAAUUGUGAAUGAAGACCCACUGUACAAAAUACGUAGUGUCCUCAAUCAAAAAAACGAAUACAUGCUAUUAUCCUGGCAAAGAGCUGUCGUUGGAUGA